UAACAACAACAAUAAUACUCACUCAGUAAUUUCAUGAAAAUUCGGCUUUCGUUAUUAAAACGAACGACUACACGCAGACGCAGACGCAGACUGCUCUCUGGCUCUCUCUUAAAGUUUUUGUGUGCUCAUACCGCCAUUUUCGUAGUGUAGCAUUAUAGUCAGUUUUAAUAAUCUCAGUGUGUGAAGUUGGUUUCUACAGUAAAGAACAACUGUAAAACCAUUAUUUUAAAAUAAAAAAAAUCAAUUUAUUUCGUAAUCGAUCAAUUACUCAGUAAUUUUUAUCAAUAAUGAAGAUGGUAGACAAGAUUGAAAUGAGCUUGGACGAUAUCAUCAAGCAAAAUAAAGGAGGAAGAUCGCGUGGCGCGGCUAGACGAGGCCGAGGAUCCGCCGGCAGUUUACGACGAGUUCCUCGUGGUUCACCAAGAGCUGGUGGUGGAGUUAUGCGGGGCCGUAACCGUGGAGGAAUCUCAAGAGCUGCUGCUUCUUACACACGAGGUGAUGUAAAUAGUGCUUGGAAACAUGAUAUGUUCGAGGGCGUCAAAAAAGUUGGCCGAGGUUCAAUCGGCAGCACAGGAACUACCAAACUUCUUGUCUCCAACCUGGAUUUUGGAGUAUCGGAUUCUGAUAUUCAGGAAUUAUUCAGUGAGUUUGGACCAUUAAAGUCUGCUGCAGUACACUACGACAGAUCAGGACGCUCUUUAGGAUCCGCUGAUGUAAUUUUUGAGCGAAGAGCCGAUGCGAUUAAAGCUAUGAAGCAGUACAAUGGUGUACCUUUAGAUGGUCGUGAAAUGAACAUUCAAGUUGCUACAUCUGAAUUACCUGUAACAACGUCUAUCCGUGGCUCAUCCAGACUUGCUGGAAAUACUUUCUCUCAGAGGCCAACGACGAAUCGAUUCAGAGGGGCACGUGGAGCUAGUGCACCAAGAGGUCGUGGUGGUCCAGGUGGAAGACGAGGAGGCAGUGGACGUGGAGGAAGUGCUAGAACACCAGCUAAAACUCCAACAGCCGAAGAAUUGGAUGCUGAAUUGGAAGCUUACGUAAAAGAAGUCAAGUAGCCAGCUGCAAACUCAAGUCGUGAUUUAAAUAAUAAUAAUAACAAUAAUUAUUCUUUCUUUUUCAAUAUAUCGCGUAUAUUUCUGAUGGUUAAAAAAAAAAAAAAACAUUUUAAAGUAUCGUUUGUCGAUACUUUUAGUUAUAAAUUAAAACGAUAAUUACUUAAAUAUUAAGUGGGUGAAAUUUAAAGAAUUAGAGCGAUUUUUCAAGUCUAAAAUAUUUUAGCUUAUAAUUUUGAUUUAUUUUAAAAGCAUUAUUGUAUCAUUUGUAACAAAAAAAAAAAUGGUACAAAAUUUAAAGGUAGAAGUUAAAAAAUUAACAAAGAAAAUAAUUCUGUUUUUUCUUAAUUGCUUUCUCUUUUUUUUUUUUUUUUUUUUUUUUUUUUUUAUUAAACUAACUACUGUAAAAUAAACAAGUUUGAAACAAGAUUAUUUAGUUAUAGACUUUAAGACACAAAAACUAAUGAUUUAUAAAAUACUUAUGAAUUUUGUAUGUAAUCUUCACGUGCGUGUGACGAAUAUUAUUUGAAAAGUAAAGAGGAAAAAAUAGAUUGAA